GGCUGUACCCCUCCUACUACAGGAAGUGAACUGAAGUAUGUAGUAUGUACUCUUUCUCAUGUGAAGCGUGGUUGUAGGUGGUGGUGAAUCCUGGUUCAGCGCUGGUCAAUUUUUGGAACGAAUUGAUUAUCUCGACCAGGUGAUCUAUUAACUGCAGAAAUGGCUUUCAAUAAGGACCCGGACAAGCCAGGAGCGGAAGCCCCAACAAUUCAUCGUAUCAGAAUAACUCUCACGUCAAGGAAUGUAAGAAGUUUAGAGAAAGUUUGCAGUGACCUAAUAUUUGGGGCUAAGAAGCAGAAGCUACGUGUGAAGGGUCCUGUUCGAAUGCCCACUAAGAUAUUGAGAAUUACUACUCGUAAGACCCCCUGUGGUGAAGGGUCAAAGACUUGGGACAGAUUUCAAAUGAGGAUUCACAAAAGAGUAAUUGAUCUCUUUAGUCCUUCGGAAGUUGUGAAGCAGAUUACAUCAAUCAGCAUAGAGCCUGGUGUGGAAGUUGAAGUUACUAUAGCUGAUGAAGGGAAAGAUUAAUUGUACCUGUUCAAAUGUGAAACUUCAAUAAAGAAUUUAAAAGUAA